AUCGCGCAAGCCUUGGAGCUUGCCGUACACAGCUCCGCGAAGGCACCUCCUGCAACGUUGAGGGUAUUGCAUCGGGUCGCAGAAGCUGUCUCUGGCGGUGGGCCACGGCGAGCUGGUAUCGCCUUUAUCUGCGUGUCGUAACUGCCGGGGAAAAAUGCAUUCUCACCUCUGAGAUUGUGUUGAGCCGGAUAAGGUCGUCCCGCGUUCCAAUGGCACCCGCGGCCGCCGAGUACAUCGUAUGCAGUACGGGCUUGACGCCAGAGGAGAACACGGGCGCCCAGGGCCUCGUGCACGAGCUCGGCAUGGGCUGGGACGACGACCUCCACGUCGGCGUCACGCACCUCCUCGCCAAGGGCGUCGGAUCCGACAAGUACAAGGCUGCGGUUGCCGCCAACAUAGUCGUUGUCAAGCCCGAUUGGCUCGUCGAGUGCUCGCGCGCAGGCUCUAUCGUGCCCACGGCGGCGCACGAGCUUGGCAUUCUCGAAGGCCUCUGUAUUUGCACCACAGGUCUAUACAUGGAAGACCGUGAGAUGGUCGAGCAGCUCUGCGACGAGCAUCGCGCCGUGUACCAGACCGACCUCAUCUUCGGAACCACCUCACAUCUGCUGGCCGAACAAGCAGGAGGCGCCAAGUACGACGCAGCGAUCGCACAUGGUAUUCCAGUCGUGACGCUGCAAUGGAUGGCGGCUUGUGUCGAGGCCAAGGCGCUGGUCGACGAAGACAACUACCGCGUUCUCGCCGACGACGACGUCCCUCUCGACGACGGACCAAGUACCAGCAUGAAGCUCAGCGACGAGCUUACGCAAUGCAUUGCGCUGCUUCGCGACGAACCCUGCGGCGACUUUUUGGAUGGCUGCGUCCUGUGGCUGCCGGGCUUUUCCCAGGAUCUUUUGCUCAAGAUGAAGUGGCUCGUGCGCUUUGGCAUGGGCACGCGCUACGACGCCUACAACCCGAGCGUCACGCACAUCGUCGCCGACGUACUUGGGAAUUGGCGUCACUAUAGCGACACCAACAGCAGCCUCGAAGUCGUCUCGCCCAAGUGGCUCAUCGAGUCGUGCUUGGCGUUCGAGUGUCGCCCCGAAGCGCAGUUUCCCGUGAGCGCUUUUGUCCCUAUCGCGCCGCCACCCAAGGUAUUUCGACCGCCCCCCGUUGCGCGCCCGUCGCCGCCGCCCAAAGCCACCCCGCCCCCCGUGCAGAAGGUUGACGAAGCGCCCAAGGGUCUUUUCACCGGCAUCCUGAGCUUGCUUCUGCGCACGUGGCCGAUGGAGCAUAAACCAGCGUCUGCUGUCAAGACGGCGAUCGCUGCGGCCGGCGGUCGCACGCGGGAGAUCAACACGACCGACCCGCGCAUUCUGAACGCCAACGACCUCAAGCGCAUCGCGUUCAUCGUCGUGUGCCACGGCGCCGUCCUGCCCGAUGGGAUGCUGGCGUCGCUCAAAGAUGCCAUGCCGCACGCCAAGCUCGUGACCGAGCUCUGGGUCCACUGCUGCCUCGAGGAGAAGCGCUUUUACCCGCGCCGCGCCCAUGCGCUCUUCAGUCUCGCGUCCAGCGCGACGCAAAGUGUGUUUCCAAACCUGCCGCUUCAAUGCUUUCAGUCCGUGGUCGCGAGCAUUUCCAUGUAUAUGGACAUGGAGCGGCUUGUGCUGGCGACGCUUUUGCAGCUGGCAGGUGCGCGCGUGACGCCGCGCCUCUCGCAGCGCAACACGCAUCUCUUGUGCAGCGCGCCGCAAGGUCCCAAGUACGAGAAGGCGCAGAAAUGGAGACUACGCAUUGUCCAAGCCGACUGGCUCGUCACAUCGAUGAUCCACGGACGCCUCAUGCCGGUGCCCGAGGCGCUGCCGAUCAAGCGACGCCGGGACGAUGCGACAGCGGUGACCCCCAUCAAGCACGCCCCCAGUGGGAACUCCCCCAGUGGGAAUACCCCCAGUGAGGACGCCCCCAUGGACAUCGGCGUGACGAAGGACGUUGGCGGAAACAACGCGCUCGCGCAGUUCGAUCACUUUCUUGGCGACGAGUCCGAGUCGCUGGGCUUUGUCGCCCCGCGUCACAAGGUAUCGCUGGCCCCGCCCCUCAAGAAACAGUGUUCGGACCCAAAUUUCUUUGAUGACACGCAAGCGCCGCUGCCCAACUCGGAGAUGGUCGACUACGCCGAUCCUGUGAGCACACGCACGUUUCUCUAGUUGUCGACUGAACAGUGCUAUACAAGCUUGGUUUGAUCUCGUAGACUCUGCCGCACUCUUGCAUGUCAGGGGCGUCGAUCGGCUGCCAAAAGCAAACGUCGUAUUCUUCAAACGGACACAUCGCAGUGCUAUGGAGUUAUAGCGUUAUGGAGCACUUUAGGUCCGUCUGCACGUCGCAACAGAAGAAGAACAGAUAGAGACCUUAUUGGUGUCGACAUGUAAUAACUAUGCAAGCUCUGCGUCAUGGACACGGCGAUGGACAUUGAG